AUGGCUCCCGGUCUCAUCUCUCCCCUCCCAGGGAACCACACAUCGUCUUUCUACUCCACAAUGCCUGGUAACUCCCGACAGGUGUCCGGCAUCUCUGCUAUGUUCGACAACGACAGCAUCUCGAACCAUGGCCGCUCCAACCGCCGCGAAUCUACCAUGCCGCGGAAGUACAAUGGAGCCGGGAAUUCCCACAUCACCAGUGUCGUACAGUCCCUUCACCGUCGUAGUGGUGAUGAGCUUGGCGUUGACACAUACGCCCUUCUGAACACCCGGUACCAUGACAUUCGUGAUUGGAUCCGGAACCAGCGUAUGAGCCACCUGCCCGCCGAGGGAAGCAGCUAUGACAAGGUGCUGGCCUGGGCACAAUUGUUCAUUGAGCGCCUGAACAAGUUCGAUGAAAACAUCCAAGGCUUUGCUGGAGAUAGCUACCUUGCUGCACAGCUAUCCUACGGUUACUGUUAUCUACUGCUUCAGCUUGGCAAAGAGAACGCUCCGGCGCUGAUGGUCUCCUUUGGCUUCUUCUACAGCACUUCUUCCACUCUGGUUAACCUCCUUGACCGGACCGAGCUGUUCGAUGUCUCCCAAGAUAUCAAAGAGCAGCUGAUCCUGGCUCUAGCCGACCUGGUUACCCUGGUCGCUAGCGUGUCCACCCACUUCCACCAAGCCAUCAGUGGUCUGACUGAUGCUGAGGUAACUGUCAAUAUCUAUGACACCUUCCCCGGCCAGAUCCAGAGCUUUAAGGAUCGCUGCUCGAAGAUUUCGGAGACUAUGUGGCGCCACCAGCUCGCCAAGGAAAACAUUGACACCGAGAAAGUCCGUUCGUGGCUGGCUCUCCCUGAAGACCGUGUUCUCAACCACCUCGCCGAGAACUCCUCUCACCUUGCUCAUGAGCGUGAGGAGUUGACCUGCUUGUGGAUGGGACAUUAUCUGACCCGCUUCCUGAAAGACAAGAAGCAGCAUACAUUGUCCUUCCAUGGAAAGCCUGGCUCUGGAAAGACCGUCCUGGCAUCCGUCAUUGUUGACCGUCUCCAGGACCAGAUUGGUGGCUACACCUACAAGAGUCUGUUUACUACUGCCAUCUCAAUUACGAAGACUAUCCUUCACCAGCUCUUUGAGAAGCGCAUUGGAAACAUCCAGCUUUUGCAUAUCCUGGGCGAGGCCUUCGAACGUAGUCGCAAGACUACUGAUGUCGCCGAGUACGAGACCAUUUUGUGGACCGCUUUGCAGCGCUCUUUGGCGGCCGCUCUCCCGGGUGCUAAGGACUUGGUCAUCGUUGUUGAUGGUCUUGACGAAUCCACCUGCAGUGAAUCUACUCUGUUCAAGAAGCUCACUGCCGCCACUGUGGGUGGUACCAAUGUGAAGCUGAUCACCCUCGGUGCUGAGAAGCAGACUGGCGACGGGAUCCAAACUAUUCCAAUCAGUGAGGAGCGUAUCUACGAUGAUGUCUCUAUUGUUGUGCGCUCCAACUUCCAGAAGCAUAGCCAGAUCUUCCGGGAUUUGAGUGAGUUUGAACAGGAGGCCGCCGUUGACCAGAUCACCGAGGCUUCUCACGGUUCCUUCCAGUGGGCUAAACUUGCCACGAAGAAGGUUUGGGCAGAAAGUAGCCCCGAGAACUUCCACAAGACCCUCGAGACUAUCUUCAAAAGCCCCCCAACCAUCACCGACUUCGUAACUUCCGCUUUGUCUUCUCCAGAAGUUGUGGAGCAGGCUAAGCUGAUGCUUCUGUGGCUUGCUACUUCCGAUCGCCCGCUGAUGAUCAAGGAGCUCACCACCCUUGCCAACAUUAAUGUGGAGAAGCAGACUGUGCUGAACGAGAAGGUUGAGCCACUGAAGGUCCUUCGGCCUUUGUCUUCCCUUAUCUUCGUUCAAGACGGCCAGGUGUAUCUCCGACACGCGCUGAUCCGCACUGCCGUGUUGGAUAUCUUCCACAAGGGCAAGCUUGUGCCGACUAUCAAGGAUCGCCACCAUGACUUCGUCACCCGCCUGUUUGUUUACAUCAAGAGCACUAUCAACGAGCAGCACUCUCCUUCGCUGACUCCUUUGGACCCUCACGAUACUAGCUUGUUGGUACAGAGAAGUCCUCUGCUUGACUUCGCUGUUCGUUACUGGCCUUACCACCUGACCCAAACCACUACCUACACCACUGGUGGCGAAGGCCCUACCGCCAAAGAGUUCAGCAAGAUAUUCCCUGUCUCUAUCACUCUGCUGUUGCUCCAAAACACUCUUUGGCAAAACAUCUCUACCCCGACGCUGUUGACUUUCCAGACCACUGUUACCAACAUGUGCCGCCAUAUCCUGACCCCCAACAACGUUGUGACUCUACAGUCGCUCAUUACUCUGGCUAUUUUGCGUCGUGAUAUUAACAGGGUCCCUGAGGCCGUCCCUCUCUUCUAUGAGAUCGUCACUCUUAGCAACACUUUGCUUACCACUAAGCACAUUGUGACUAUGCAGAUGGCCACUAUGUUCCUCGAGAUCACCACUGAGCAGAUUACCAGUAGCAAGACUGAGAUCAUGAUCAAGCGCGAGGAGAUUUUCCUAGUCUUGAUCGAGACCUACAAGGUACACUACGGUGCUACCUCCGAGAAGGUUGUGACGACUCUUCGCGCUCUCAUCGAGCACUAUCGCUUGACUAAGGAGGAGAAGAAGAUCCAGCAAAUUAUGAUCCAGAUCCAGACGAUCACUGGCCAGUACGCGGGCGAAGACAACGACAACCGCGAUCUCCACGUCCACCUUAAGCGCCACAAGCACCGUGGUGAGGGCGGUAUCAGCUUCGUAUUCGAUGUUGAGGAGGAUGAGUUUACCAGCGACGCCUUCGACUAUGAGGCUCUGGUCAGGCUUGCUCAACAAUAUACCUCCGAGCGCCGGAUCACCGAGGCCGAGCGGAUCUACGUCGAGAUCUGGCAGCGCGCCAGCAAGGAGUGCCGUACCCAGUACUCCGAGCAUUGGGAGCAGAUCAAGCUGAAGGCUGUCGUGGUCUACACUCAAUUCCUUCAGACUCAGAAGCGUGAGACUGAGGCCUCCUCUAUCCUGUCUUCCGUCUACGAGGAGUACCGCUCUUCAACCACGACUGUCACUGAGAGCACUGCUUCCCACUUCCACCAGAUCGCGAAGAUCAUGACUGCUGUGGGAAUGUCUGCUGCUGCUCUGACCAUCUUCAAGAAGGUACAGCACCAUUACCAGAGCACUAACAGCACUCAAUCGUCUUCCUACUCCGAGGUCCAGCAGAUGAUCCAGCAAACUCAGCAACAUGUCAUGCAGUCGGCAAGCUCCUCUUCUUCCUCAACUGUGUCUGAGUCCGUUCUGGAGGAGAUUGUCUACGAGGCCUCUAGCUCUAGCUCCAGCAUGAGUCAGAGCUCGUUCACAGCCACAUACACUCUGGUCGAGCUCUACGUUGGCCAGCACCGUUGGAAGGAUGCUACCCGUGUUGUCAAGAAGGUCCUCCAAAGCCUCUGGCCCUCGCUGUUUGCUCCCUCUAUCCAGGACGUUGUUCUGCCUACUCAACACGUUGAGAAGUGUAUUGAACUUGCUGAGCGCUUCAGUCAGUGCUACCACUACCGCCGUCGCUUUGCUCGCGAAGAGAACAUUCGUAUUCGCGUCUACCAUGCCGUCCGUGCUGCUAAGCCCGUCGAUGAUAAGAUCCGUGAGCGCGUCACCGCCGAGCUGGUGCAUUUCUACGAGCGCUCCUCCCAACUCGACCGCGUCAUCAGCACCCGCCAAGAGAUUCUCGAGGACUACAUCAAGCAUUAUGGCCCAGAGCACCCCACUGUCAUCAAGACUUUGUGGACCCUGGCUAAACUCACCCACCCUCGUCCUAUCUCCGUGGAGUACUACCAGCGCAUCAUACGGGCCCUGAACAAAGACUCACCUCACUGCCACCCCGAUGCCAUCGAGCCUCUGAUCAUUGUCUUGACCGAGCUCUUCAACCAGAGCCGCUACACUGAUGCCGUGCCCUACUACUCGCUAUUGUUCACUACGUGGUUGCACGACCCGAAGAAGAGCCCCAAAUUCCAGGACACCACGUUCGUUCUGGACUUCUUCACAAAGUAUACUCAGUGCCUCCGCAGCGUUCGCACUGAGUACACUGUCAUCCACAAGGUCACCACUGACUUCCAGUCCAAGGUCAAGGUGGUGUUCGGUGCUACCGCUUCGAUCACCAUUCAGGCUACCCUGACUCUCGCCAAAGUGUGCCAGGAGUCCAAGCGCUACGAGUCCAUUGCUAUCUCUCUCUACGAGGAGCUCCUUAAGAUCGAGACUGAUGAAUUCGACCACGAGGAGAUUCGGGCCACUCUUGAUGGUAUCUAUGAAGAGCAGACUUCUAUUGCCAUCAAAUCCGACUCGGUGUCCGAGGAGAUGGUCUCCCGUGCUUCCAAGAUCCUGCGUAAGCGUGUUACCACCAUCCGCGAGCAGCACGGCUGGGCCCAUGAGGAGUCCUUGUCUCAGUUGACUGAGAUGGUGAACUUCCAUUACAAGCAUAGCAAGAUUGAAUCCGUGCUUGAGGAGCUCAAGCAGUCCACUGUGCACAUCCUGUCCUCGGAGACUUCGUCGGUCGCCUUGGCUGCCGCUGCUGUCACCAUUGCCAGUAGCUACAUUGCCACCAACCAGGUCUCUAAAGCCACUGAGCUGUCCCAAGAGCUUUAUCGCCAGGUGAUCAUGAAGGAUACCACCAGGGUCAAGGAGUCCCAAUUUGACCUUACUACCAAGGGUCGUCAGAGUCUGAUCUUCCUUGCCCAGCUUGAGCAUAGCCUUCGCCGCAGUACCUCGACCAUCACCGAGAUCCUGGCGUCGCUGACCACUGAGUAUGUGUACUUCGAGGAGUUCCGCAGCCAGACUGUCUCGAAGACCAGCACCUUCCAGUCGGUAUCUUUGUCUGCUUCUCGCUUGUACCACUUCCUGCUCCGCAGCAACCGACACAGCGUUGCUACCCGCGUCUUCGAUAACUACGUUGCCUACUUCAUUAGCACUGAGGGUGAGCGUAUUAAGUUGACCGAAACCGCUCAAGUCAAGAUCCUCCUGGUGACCAUCCUGGACCAUUUCAACACUCACCAGUCCUCAAACUUCGUGCGCUCGGUCGGUAUCGCCGCCAACUACCGUGUUCUCAACCUUCUCGAGAAGAAGAGCUACGACCACGCUGCCGAUCUCGCGAUCGCUGCUUUCCGCUAUAUCUCCGCCCACGAUGUCUACCGCACCCCUGCCAUUGUCAAAUUCGUCUUCACCCUGGGUGUCUUCGUCACCGGCCGUACCCUCAGCACUAAGCCUGAUGCCGCCGCCCAGAAGAAGCUCGAUGGCGUCUCCGCUGUUAUCAUUCGGGAGGUGCUCCGCACCAUCGGCGAUCUAAAGAUCAAUCUCGCCCAGAUCGACCUGACCUACCUAAACAUCUUGAUCGGUCUCCUCGGAGAGCAAAAAGACUACAAGAACCUCGUCUGGCUCCUGUCUAGUCUCUGGAACAGCCGCAACCAGCAGGCCAAUUGGUCCCCUGCCAUCACCAUCCAACUCGCUCGCCGCUAUAUCUUGGCUCGCUACAUGGUCGGUGACGCCCUCAAGGCCUCCCGUCUCGCGGAAGACAUCGUGUACAACUGCCGCCGCGUCAACGGCGCCCGUCACCACAGCACCCUGGAGAUGUCCACCCUGCUGACCCAACUGUACACCGGUAUUGCCCAGCAGUACCAGUCCAGUAAGGGCGGCCAGCACAUGGCCAACAAGUACUACAAGAAGUCCGCCGCUGUGCAUGAGAACCUUCUCCGUGUCUUCGUCGACUCUGACUUUGAGGACUUCGAAGAUCGCCUUGAUAGCUCCUUCAGCAUGGAUGGGUCUGCCGUCGACAUUGACCUCGCCGACUCCUCUAACGGCCUCUCCUCGAUUUCCGAGGGUGAGCACGUCCGCCAGCACCUGCAGCUCCUCAAGCUGUCUGUCCAACGUCUUGGUGAUUGGCCCAAGGACUACGCUGAGUAUGAGCGUCUGAAUGCCGAACUCUUCUCUGAAUUUAAGCAGGAGCUUUCUGGUGUCGAGGGAGUGGAGAAGUGGAACUUGAAAAGUUUUGGCUCCGGCAAGGCUGCUUCCGACAAGGAUACUUUCAAGCUGGACUUUAGCUCUUGGGAGCUUGAGCUCCAGCCCACCGAGGAGGUCGAGGAGGAACUGUGA